GAUGUUGUUUUUCUAGUGGACUCGUCCGGCAGUGUGAAAUCACGAAAUUUUGAAAAAGUUAGAAGUUUUUUAGUUUAUUUUGUGCAGAAAUUGGAUAUUGGUGAAUCUAAGAUUCGCUUGAGUGUGGUUAGAUUUAGUAGUGUUUUAACCAAGAUUCUGUGGUUAGACGAAUCUUUUGAUAAAACUGAAAUAACAAAUACCAUUAAAGCCAUGCGAUAUAAUGGUGGUGGUACGAAGACUGGUGAGGCUUUAGGCUUUGCCAAUCAAAACGUUUUGAACGCAGCAAAUGGUGACAGGGAAGAGGUUCCAGAUUUGGUAUUCGUGAUAACUGAUGGUAAAUCUAAAGUCCCACAUCAAACACAAAGUGAAGCUAAGUUAUUACAUGAUAAAGGCGUGGAUGUGGUAGCUAUUGGUGUUGGUAAGGGAGUUGAGGAUACUGAACUGUUGAAUAUAGCAUCAGAUAAAGAUUUUGCAUUGAAAAUUGAUAAUUUUGAUCAGUUGAAGAACGAAACUUUACAUAAAAGGAUAUUCACAGCAGCAUGUACAGGUAUGUUUUAA